AUGUCUCCCCAGCAGAUCAACAACCACACGGUCCAUCUGCUCCCGCUCAAGGACGAUGGCUCUCCCAACCUGCCGGGCGACCCGCCAUACAUCUACCUCCCACCGCCUUCUCAUCCCGCCUACUUCGUCCGCUUCCAGAUCGAUGGCAUGAGCUCGAUAUCCAGAGAAGGCAGUCUGUGGACAAAUAUACCCCACAAGGGCGAGCAGUUCGAUCGCACCAAGUUCAAUGAGUACAAGCUCAAUCCCAGCUUCACUCAUGCUCUCGAAAUCGACGUGCCCAUUUACACAGCAGGUGCCUUCGAGUUCUACUGCUCCUACACACCGCUUCCGCCUUUUAGCACUUCGCGUGUUGAGACGCCAAAACCAACUCGGACGCCCACCCAUUACAUCGAUGUGGCUCCCAGUCUGCACGUGGAGAACGCACCCCUACCACUCGAUGCAAUCUCCUGCAUUUCAGUCUUGUCCAAGUUCAUGGGCAAGUACCCCAGCGACUUCUACCGCCAUCUGCACGGAAUCAGCGAGAGAGGCUACAACAUGGUGCACUUCACUCCUCUCAUGCAGCGUGGUGACAGCAAUUCACCGUACUCCAUCUACGACCAGCACAACUUCGACAAGGGCGUCUUCACCAAAGGCGAGGAUGAUGUCGUCGAUAUGGUGCACAAGAUGGAGCACGAGUACGGCCUUCUUAGUCUGACGGACGUCGUCUGGAACCACACUGCCAACAACAGCAAAUGGCUGGAGGAGCACCCUGAGUCUGGCUACAACAUCAACACCGCACCGCACCUGCAGCCAGCAUACGAACUCGACAGCGCUCUCCUGAUGUACUCGUCUCGCCUCAAGUCGCUGGGCAUGCCGACUCACUUGACCAGUGUCGAUGAUCUUCUCCGGAUCAUGGAUGGUAUCAAGACUCAUGUGAUUGGAGCGAUCAAGUUUUGGGAGUUCUACGUUUGCGAUCCCGACAAGGAUUCGCAAAAGGCCGUGGCAGCUUGGAUGGAAGGCAAGGCCGACUUCAACGGCGAGAUUCCAGAUGACAUUACCAACUGGGCGCUGAAGGACAAGGCCGACUGGAUUCGCAAGAACUGCUGUCCUGGCACCGACCGCAUGGGAGAACGAUUCCGUCGACAUGUGGUCCCAGAGCGUGCAGCCGCGCUUUUGCAGCAUCUGUUUGGCAAAUACAACACCUCCAUGAAUAGCACAGCCGACGAGCGCACUGCAUACGGCAUCAUACACCGCUUCCUGAACGAACUGAAUCUCGACUGGUACAAGGAGUACGACAAUGAUGUCGCGGCGAUCAUUGAGCAGACCUUCAACCGUGCCAAGUACGUGCGUCUCGAUCCCAACGGACCCAACUUCGGCGACAUCACGCUCGAGAGUCCGCUCAUCGAGACCUAUUUCACGCGCCUGCCUGUCAACGACACAACUUCAAAGCACGACCCAGGAUCUAUGGCGUUGGCCAACAACGGUUGGGUAUGGGCUGCCGACGUGAUGAAGGACAAUGCCGGUCCCAAGUCCAAGGUCUACCUUCGACGUGAGCUUAUUGUCUGGGGCGACUGUGUCAAGCUGCGGUAUGGGUCUGGACCCCAGGACAGCCCGUUCCUCUGGAAAUGGAUGAGCGAUUACACACAGCUGAUGGCGAAACACUUCCACGGCUUCCGCAUCGACAAUUGCCACUCGACGCCUCUUCAUGUCGCCUCAUACAUGCUCGAUGCCGCUCGUCAUGUCAGAUCAAACCUCGUUAUUGCCGCGGAAUUGUUCAGCGGUGACGAGAAGAUGGACUUCCUUUACUGUCAGAAACUCGGCAUCAGUUUCCUCAUCCGAGAGGCGAUGCAGUGCUGGUCGACUGCUGAGAUGUCCCGUCUUGUGCACAUCAACUGCGGACGUCCUAUUGGGAGCUUCGAGGUUGAUGACAUCUCUAGUGCAGACAAGCCGGUGGCCAACGGCAAUCUCACUAAUGGCAGCACACCCCAAGGCCUGGAAAUCGUCCACAAGAUCAUUCCAUCCAAGAUUCACGCCCUGCUCAUGGACUGCACACACGACAAUGAAACACCUGUGCAACGUCGUGAUGGCCGCGACACGCUUCCUUCUUCCGCCCUCGUCGCCAUGUGUGCCUCAGCUGCUGGAUCGGUGUUUGGCAUGGAUGAGCUGUACCCGCAGCUCAUUGAACUUGUCCACGAAACCCGGCCAUACACAUCGCCUUACAGCAACCUCCCUUCAGACCAGAACAUGAAGAUUGGGCCAAGCGAAGGCACUGGCGGCAUCAAGCGCCUCAUGAACCAGCUCCACACCAUCAUGGGCAAGGACAAGUACGAUGAGACUUUCGUGCAUCACGACGGCGAGUACAUCACCGUCCACCGCAUCCAUCCCAAGUCGCGCAGAGGCUACUACCUCAUAGCCCAUACCGCUUACCCUGGUUACGGCAACGGCAACGGCGGCUUUGGCCCACAAUGGUUGACUGGAACCAAGGCCAAGCUUCUUGGAGCAUGGUCCCUCGAAUGCGACCAGAGCCACGAGGCAAAGCAAGCCGCCAUCAACGACAAGGUCCUGCGUGGUAUUCCCAGCAAGACCAAGGACCUUCAUGGCGUGACCGUUGAGAGCCGCGGCGAUGAUACCGUCAUCAACGUCGGCUCAAACUUCCCGCCCGGCUCAAUCGCCAUCUGCGAGACUUGGAUCCCCAAGUGCGAGCACAGCGAAGGUCUCGACAAGUUCCUCACAUCCGGAGCACGCCAGGCCCUCCAGAACUGCAGCUUGACCGACAUCAACGCCAUCAUGUACCGUGCUGACUCUGAGGAGCGGGCCAUGUCGCAUGGCGCGGACGGUGCGUACACAGUCCCAGGCAUAGGACCUCUGGUGUACUGCGGACUGCAGGGCUGGUGGUCUGUGUUGCGGGAUGUCGUCAGCCACAACGAUCUCGGCCACCCAAUCUGCAACCACCUCCGCGAAGGCCAGUGGGCACUGGACUACACAGUCAACCGCCUUGACAAGCUGGCACAACGUGAGGAUGGCAUCUACAGUGGUGUGAAACCCGUUGUUGAAUGGCUCAAGUCACGCUGCGAUGCCGUCCGUGAGAUUCCUAGCUUCCUUCUCCCGCGAUGCUUCGCUCUCAUCAUCAGAACGGCCAAGAAGGCGGCGAACGAGCGUGCCAUUGAGCAGAUGCACCCAAAUGUCCAGCACAGCCAGCGCUUCGUCAAGUCGCUUGCCAUGGUCUCUUGCCAGGUCCAAGGCUACAUGGAGAACGCCAAACUCUGGCCAGACAAGCUCGACCCUUCGCUCGCCGCUGGUCUGCCUCACUUUGCACAAGACUGGGCUCGUGUCUGGGGUCGUGACACGAUGAUUGCCAUGCGUGGAUUGUUGACCUGCACCGGGCGCUACACUGAAGCCAAGGAGCAUCUCAAGUGUUUCGGCAGUCUGAUCAAGUACGGCAUGAUCCCCAACCUUCUCAACUCUGGCAAGCUUCCGCGCUACAACAGCAGAGAUUCGGUUUGGUUCUUCCUGCAAAACAUUCAAGACUACUGCGCACUCGCACCCGAAGGCACUGACUUCCUGCACGAGCAAGUUCGCCGCCGCUUUCUACCCUACGACGAUACCUGGUUCGCAUGGGACGACAAGCGCGCAUAUUCGCAGAGCAGCAGCGUCGAGGACAUCAUUCAAGAGUGUCUGCAACGCCACGCUAGCGGCUUGGAGUUCCGCGAGUACAACGCCGGCUCUGACCUUGACUCGCAGAUGAAGUCAGAAGGCUUCAACAUCAGCAUCAAGGUGGACUGGAAGAACGGCAUCCUCUACGGCGGCAACCAAUGGAAUUGCGGUACCUGGAUGGACAAGAUGGGUGACUCAACCAAGGCCAACAACAAGGGGCAUCCUGGCACCAGCCGUGAUGGCGCACCAGUGGAGAUAACCGGUCUGCUGUACAGCGCUCUCAAGUGGGUCGACGGCUUGAAGUCUGCUGGCAAAUUCAAGUACGAUGGUAUUACCACCUCUGACGGCAACCACAUCUCGUACGGCGCUUGGGCGGCGAAGAUCCGUGACAACUUCGAGCACCACUACUACGUCCCCGCUGAUUCAAGCCAAUGGCCAUCAUACGACGUCAACCCGUCGAUUAUCAACCGCAGGGGCAUUUACAAGGACGUACAUCGCUGCUCAAAGGAGUACCGGGACUACCAGCUGCGGCCCAACUUCCCCAUCGCCAUGACGGUUGCUCCAGAUCUCUUCGAUCCAGCUCACGCCCUUGGUGCUUUGGAGAUCGCCGACAAGUACCUUCGUGGCCCGACUGGUAUGGCGACGCUGGACCCUGGUGAUAUGGAGUACCACCCGAACUACAUCAAUAGCGAUGACAGCGACAACUACCAGACGGCCCACGGACGCAACUACCACCAAGGACCCGAGUGGCUAUGGCCGACGGGUUUCUUCUUGCGUGCCUUGCUCAAGUUCGAUCUCAUGCGCCGCAAGACCAAGGAGGAGAGGGUGGAGGCGUUCCAGCAGGUCACGCAGAGACUGAAUGGAUGCAAGCAGAUGAUCCACGAUUCGCCGUGGAGAGGACUCACUGAGCUUACUAAUUUCAAUGGGUCUUACUGUGGAGAUUCGUGCCCGACUCAAGCUUGGUCCGCAGGGUGUAUACUGGACCUCUACGACGACGCGAGCAAGUACGGCACCGAUCUGCCGCAGUAA